UGUGUUGGUAAAGUACUGACACUGUUGUCCCAUUGCACUGUGGUUUUAUAGCAGUUAAGGCUGGAAAAGAAUCCCUGAACACUUUGGACACACACCCUAAAAUAAAUAAAAGAUCCAAUCUGAGUGUAAUUGGUACAAAGUGUACUCAACACAGAUUUCAGUUUCCAGAUUAGUGAUGGGAGUUUUACUGACCCUUAAAUCAAAAGAUUUUGUCAAUCAUGUAGUUUUAAUAAAGCGAGAUUUGAUGACAACUAUUUGAUCUGUCAGGCAUCUUCACUUAUUUUUAUGAAUUCCCUCCACAGCUUGUGGCUUUCAAUCCUGCUCCUCAGGACUCAGAGUCCUGCUGGUUUUCAUUCUAGUCAUCCAAUCAGGGACUAAUUUACAUUCCGGAAGCUGAGUGAAAGCUAUUAAAUGUAAUUAACUGUGCGGUAGGAGGGGAAAUCUGCAGUACUAUAGGACACUGACUGAAUUCUAUCAAUUAUGUGUAAAAGCCUUUCUUCUGGAUGUUGGCUUGGCUUUGUCACUGAAGAAAGUGAAAUUCACUUAGCUUGAAGUAAAUCUUACAGUCCAAUGCCCUGCACCAACUGUGUUUAGUAGGAAUUCUGCUUAUAGUGUUUACAUUUAUACUGAGAUGGACACUUACCAGUCUUCAUUUAAUUUUUGCAUUUUUUGUAAUAACGGGCAGUUUCAAUGUUCAGUAUUUUUGCGUGUUUCUGUUUUCAUGACCACUAGGUGGCAGACUCUGUCUUUCCAUUUGUUAUCUAGUACACUUUGCCACCAUUGUGGAAUUCAAUACUGUGGUGCAGUACAAACUCAGACCAUUGUUUCUUUAUGUUGUUGAGUAAUUGGGCAGAAAUCCAAUGCUUCAAACUAUAGUCAAGGCUCUUCUGUUGGUUGCUGAAACAUGAAGAUGGACAAAUCACAGAAGGACGACCCGGCUGACCACAAGAUAAACGACUCUGGGAAAAAUGCUGGAACGCCAGUCACAGCGUGUCUGUUGAGUGCAGCCUUCUUCAGUGCCCUGGGGUCAUCUUUCCUUUACGGGUACAACCUCUCUGUGGUCAACGCGCCAGCUCUGUACAUUAAAGAUUUCUACAACAAGACAUGGAUUGAGCGAUACGGGAAGCCUGUUGCAGCAGAAACAGCCACCCUCCUCUGGUCUAUCACAGUGUCUGUAUUAGCUAUCGGAGGUCUUCUGGGAACGCUGUCUGUCUCUUUUCUCAUCAAAGUAUUUGGAAGAAAGGGAACCUUGCUGCUGAAUAACAGCUUUGCUGUGAUAGCUGCUGUGCUGCUGGCUCUGGGCGAGAGGGCAAGAUCUUUUGAGAUGCUCAUCAUUGGCCGGCUCAUUAUUGGGGUGAACUCUGGUAUAGCUCUCAGUGCCCUCCCCAUGUAUCUGGGAGAAAUUUCCCCAAGACAUAUCAGAGGCUUCAUUGGCCAGUUCAACUCCAUCCUGAUCUGCUUGGGAGUGUUCACUGGGCAGGUGCUGGGACUGCCAGAGCUGCUGGGCAAGGAGUCGAGGUGGAACCACCUGUUUUCCUUCUUGGCUUUACCAGCAGUGCUGCAGCUGUGUGUGUUGCCCUUCCUCCCAGAGAGUCCUCGCUACCUGCUGAUGGAGAGGAGGGAUGAGGCUGCAGCAGAGAGAGCCUUUCAGAGGUUUCUGGGGAAGAAGGAUGUGUCCCAAGAGCUGGAAGAGGUUCAUGCAGAGGCUCGAGCUCAGGACAACCUUCAUACCGUCUCUAUGUUACAGCUGAUAAAGACCCCAGCUGUUCGCUGGCAGCUCAUCACUAUCAUCAUCACCAUGUCCUGCUAUCAGCUCUGUGGCCUCAAUGCUAUAUGGUACUACACCAAUGGGAUCCUACGGGAAGCAGGCUUUGCUGAGAACAUUCUGCCCUACGUAACCUUGAGCACAGGGGCCAUAGAGACUUUGGCUGCCAUUGUCUCAGGUUUAGUGAUAGAACGAAUCGGGAGGAAACCCCUCCUCAUAUUUGGUUUCUCUGCCAUGGCCGUGUUCUUCAGCAUGCUCACAGUGUUCCUCAAUUUCCAGGACAGUGUGUCAUGGAUGCCCUACCUCAGUUACAUCUGUAUACUGGCUGUGAUUGCGUCCUUUUGCUCUGGGCCAGGUGGCAUCCCAUUUGUACUGACAGGGGAACUGUUUGAACAGUCCUACAGACCCGCUGCCUUCAUGAUCGCUGGCAUCGUAAACUGGCUGUCCAACUUUGCCGUUGGCCUCUUGUUCCCGUUCAUUCAAGAGACUCUGCAGUCGUAUGCCUUUCUGGUGUUUGUGGUGGUCUGUGUCCUGGGAUCUAUCUACCUCUAUGUCAUCCUCCCUGAAACCAAAAAUAAAACAUUUGUGGAGAUCAGCCAGAGUUUUGCCAAGAUCAACAAAAUCCCUGCCCCCACCCCCGCCCAAGAAAUGGAGCUGGUUCUGUCCAUUGAGCCUGACGUGAAUAGAAAAGUCCAAGAUAGCGUGAAGACGGAGAGUUCCUUCUAAGUGAACAAACUACAUUAAUUAUGGAGAAGCAGGGUUGAAACAUAACUGGAAGUUCUUGUUUGUACAUAUUUAUUUAAUGACUAUGAUCAGUGCAAUUGAUGCUUUUGAGCAGUUUCAAUGUGCUUUGUAUAUGUUUUAUAUGAUUGGAUUAUUGUAGGAAUAUUGCAGUCUUAUGGUUUACAAUAAUGCUUUGUUUAUGUGUUUCAUCAAAAUAAAAAAAAUCAUCUGUUUAUUUAA